AUGCCUUCUGUGAAUGCCGAAGACCUGUCGGUCGGGGAUGUCUUUGCUCCGCAGGCCGACAGCGAACAGUCCGUCAUCGACAUCCCGACCAAUCACCGUGCCUCCAAGGCACACGAGGGCACUAUGCCGCCCCCAAAGCAGCAAGUCAAUGGACCGAAUGGGCUCGCGAACCAGAAAUUCAACGCCGAUAUGUGGAAGCGUCCGCGACGCAAGGUCAAGAAGAAGAAUCAAGUGGCGCCGGCUUGCGCAACCGUUCGCGGCUUCACCCCUCUGGCGUCCGGCGACGAGGAAUCGGACUUCUCCACUACAAGCUCUCGUGCUGCCUCUCGUCCUCCUACCGCGCGUGAUGGGGCUAGUCCGCUGGCUCAGGCAUCCACCGGCCAUGGUAUCAGCGCAUUGAAGCUUCAACUCAGCACUUUGAAUUUGCCCGACGACCCGGCCGCUACCAAUGGACUUGUUUCCCAGACUCCCAGUGUUGCCAGUGUUUACUCCGACAGCGACCAGACAGAGAUCUUGACCAGCUAUGAAGUCCCAUUGGAUCAGGACUUUGUUAGCUCCGAAGCAGUGCACUCAGCGGCGCUGGACGACCCUGACCGAGUCCCAAGCGUCGAGGAAGAGCUGCGGAACCAAGUGUGCCGGAAGAUGACGGCGGAAGACUUCGUGCCUAUCCUCUGUCUGGGCAAGGGAUCCUUCGGAACAGUAUUGUUGGUGCGCCACACACUCACCGGCAAACUGUAUGCCCAGAAACAAUUCCGAAAGGCCACCCUCACCGUCCACAAGAAACUAGUCGAGCAAACCAAGACCGAGCGCACGAUCUUGGAGAGUGUCAACCGCCACCCAUUCGUCGUCAAGCUAUUCUACGCCUUCCAAGACCACGCAAAGCUCUACCUAAUCCUAGAGUACGCCCAAGGCGGCGAACUCUUCCACCACCUCGCCAUGGAACGAAUGUUCGAAGAAGACGCCGCAGCCUUCUACAUGGCGGAGAUGGUUCUCGCCCUGGAACACCUCCACCAAACCGUCGGCGUACUCUACCGCGACUUAAAACCCGAGAACUGCCUCCUCGAUGCCGAAGGCCACCUCCUCCUGACAGAUUUCGGCCUCAGCAAGAUCGCCGUCAGCGACGACGACCGCUGCAAUUCCCUCCUCGGCACAAUCGAGUACAUGGCCCCCGAAGUAAUCCAAGGCAAGCCCUACGGCAAAGCCUGCGACUGGUGGUCCCUCGGCGCCCUAGGCUUCGACCUUCUAACCGGCUCGCCCCCCUUCCGCGCCAACAACCACGCCAAGCUCCAAGAAAAAAUCGUGAAGCAGAAAAUCGCUCUCCCCUACUUCCUCGGACCAGACGCUAAAGACCUCCUCACCCGUCUCCUCCGCAAAGAACCCUCCAAACGCCUCGGCUACCAUCCCCAGAAGGAUCUGCAGAUCAUCAAGAAUCACCGCUUCUUCCGCAAGAUUGACUGGACCGCCCUUGAGCGCCGCGAAGUCGCCCCGCCUAUUCAGCCUAUUGUUACCGACCCAGCGCUUGCUGAGAACUUCUCGGUGGAUUUCACUAAUCUCCCGCUUAGUCCGAUUACCGCUCAUGGGCUGGAGGAUUAUUAUGGGCGUGGAAAGGUUUGCCCGGCUAAGAGUGCGGAGUUUGGUGAUGAUGAUCAUUUGCCGGGGAGUAAUCCGUUCGGUGGAUUCAGUUAUGUUGCUUCGAGUAGCUUGCUGGAUCAGGGUUUGGGGAUUAUGAAUGCUGAUUGUGAUUCGAGUUGA